UUAUUUUAUUUUCAUUUUAUUUGAUUUCAUUUUAUUUUUAUUUUUAUUUUUAUUUUUAUUUUUAUUUUCAUUUUCAUUUCUGCGAUAGUGAAACAAUAAAGAGAGAAUACUUCUGGCGUCAUUCAAGAAGACGAAUGUUAUUUUUACCCUCGUCAUAGGAAAGAAGGACACACUAGUGAUUUUUUACACCUGGUUGGUAUGAUAAACAAAAAGAAAAAGAAAAGAGAAAGAGAGAGAGAGAAAGAAAAGGUAAAAAAAGAGAAAGAAAGAAAGAAAGAUUUCAAGGCAGAACGAUCGUGUCAUUCGGCAGCAAGAUCAAAUAUUGUCGCACGGCGUUCUGACGUUCGAACGACGUGUCGAGCAAACAUCCCCCUUUCCACGUGACCACCCUCUAGCUUCCUUUUCAUCCCCUACUUCUAUAUCAACCAUAGAACAACUUAGUCGUUCUUGUACGUCGGCCGAUCAGAGUUCACCUCGGUCACUCGAACUGGUUAGACAUGUCCUUCGAUAUUCUAAUCAUUUCAUCAUCAAAUUGAUCUUCAAUCCUUAUAUUAUUUCACUUAAUACGGGCGGUUGGUGAAGUUUUUUCUAUUUAGAUCUCAACGUUCUAAAAGAUGGGAAGAACAUUGCCCACGCCUGUCGCUUGCAAAGUUUGCGGUGAUCGUUCUUAUGGGAAACAUUAUGGCGUUUAUUGCUGCGAUGGUUGUUCAUGUUUCUUCAAAAGAUCCGUACGUCGUGGCACACUCUUCACUUGUAUAGCAAGUACAGGAACUUGUGCCGUUGAUAAAACGCGAAGAAAUUGGUGUCCACAUUGUCGAUUGAAGAAAUGCUUUUCCGUCGGCAUGAACACGGCAGCUGUUCAAGAAGAAAGAGGACCACGUAUACGAAAUCGAACUAUUUCAUCGUCGAAUAAUUCAGACAUUAUUUGGAAAUCAAGAAACAAUCCAAGCGACUCUUGUAAAAGAUAUCUAAAUACAUUCGAAAUUCCUUUAAUAUUUAAAACAAAUUCGAUGAGUACAUCCAUAAAAUCGUUUUAUGAGCCACGAACAGACAACGAUGCUUUACUUCCUGCGAUCCUACGACACGUACAACCUCCAAGAUUCAUUGCACCUGGUAAUUAUAUAGAAAAAAAGAACUCUCACGAUGUUGCAAUAAAAUGUUUCUCAGGUGAUGCCAUUAGAUAUGAAAUUUCGGCACAAAUAUUUCUCGCUACGAUACGUGGGGCUCGACGACAUCGUGAUUUUUCAAUUCUCGACAUCGAAGAACAAAAUGUGAUUCUACGGAAAGCAUGGUCAGCGGUAUUCGUUUUACGUGCCGCUACUUGGCCUUUCGAUUUAACGAAUUUCGGUAUUACAAAUGCAACAGGAAACGAAAGUGCUUUUGUUUCUUUACAAGCAGCACGUACUACGAUCUCCAAUUUACGUCUUGAUGACACUGAAUUGUCCAUUUUGGAGACCUUCGCUUUAUGUCGACCUGAAAUCGCUCGUACUACAGAUGGCAUUCGAUUGAUAAUGAAAGCUAGAGAAUCAGCUGUGGAAACUUUCAUCGGCCAUCUUCGAAAACAAGGUGAUCGUGGUCAUAGAUUAACGCAAAUUAUGUUUCUAUUACCUAUCCUUACUGGAUGCUGUCCCGGAGAAUUAUCUAAUGAUCUUUUUGCUCCUAUAAUUGGUAAUAUCGAUCUCGAAAGAGUAAUAGCAUCGAUACGAUAAUUAAUAGAUUGAUUCGAUAAAUCAAUCCUAAUUUAAUACAAACGUAGAAAAUAAACUUGAUCGAUGUUUUGUUCUAGUUAUUAAUCUAAUUUAUUUAUUUAUUCUUCGAUAAAUUUAUAUAUAUAUAUAUAUAUUUAUAUAUAUAUAUAUACAUAUGCAUGUAUGUGUAUGUCGAUAAUUAUGUUUGUUUAAGAUCAUGAUAAAUAAAUAAAAUAUUCAUGAAAGAAAAUUUAUGAACAUUUUUUGUACUAAGAAAAAAAAAACAAUCUCAUUUUUCUAACGAUUUUUCUCUGGAAAAAAAUGUAUAUUAAUAAAAUGUGCUUGUACUUUUCUUUGGCACUUUAUUAAUUCGAAAUAACAAUGUGCAAAAUGUUAUAUACAAAUUUCUAAAAUUAUAUAUGGCGUAGAAAAACGACUUUCACAAAAGUGAAAUAUGAAAUCAAUAUUUAAAUAUAAUCCAAUCGCGUAUUGUAUAUUAAAUUAGCAUUAAUAUAUAUAUGUAUGUAUGUGUGAGUGUGCGUGUGUAUAUAAUAAGUAAAAAUCAAUAGAAGAAAUAAAUUGGAAAGAAUCUAAUCAACUGUCCGAUUUUUAUCCAAUUAAUUCUGAAAAUGAUUUCCAUUAGUAUAAAAAAAAUUAAUAAAUUAUAUAUAAUAAAGAAAUCAUUUGUCAUUUUUGCAUCGGAUCGAGACAUCCACUUGCAACAAUAAAAUAAGUAUAUAAUAAAUAUUAAUUAUAAAAGAAAUGAACUUAUUGUUAGAAAAUUAUAGCACGUAAUAAUAACUAAUUGCAUCGACCGUAAUUAAUUCAUCUAAUGAGUAAUUCUUACUUCACAAGUAAAAAUUAUUGUUGACUUUAGAUAUACAAAACAUAAAAAAUAAUAAUAAUAAUAAUAAUAAUAAUAAUAAUAAUAAUAAUAAUAAUAA